GGCAUCACUCCGGGGGGCUAGCACAGCUUGUGUAUAAAGACACAGGCGAUCAGGGACGUCCAGCCAGGGCAGGCGCUGCCUUGACGUCGCUUCCUCCUCAGAGCGAAUCUCACAGAUCCGACUGGGGGGAGAAGCCAGCCCAGAGCCUGAUGACACCUGAAAGCUAAUUUUGGGCCCGUGCGUCGGAGGCGCGAUUGAUUCUUGGCUGUAAAAAUAAAUCUGCUGCUAAACGCCUGAUGCUGCAGCUGUGUUUCAUGAGAGGGGGCCUCGGGUUCCUGGGCGCCAAGCGCCUCUCCCUGAUCCAUGCCGCCUUCCAGAGCACCCAGCGGGUGGAGUACAAGCCCAUCAAGAAAGUCAUGGUGGCCAACAGAGGGGAAAUUGCCAUCCGGGUGUUCCGAGCCUGCACCGAGCUGGGGAUCCGGACGGUGGCCGUCUAUUCCGAGCAGGACACAGGGCACAUGCACAGACAGAAGGCGGAUGAGGCUUAUCUCAUUGGGAAGGGAUUGCCCCCAGUCCAGGCGUAUUUGCACAUUCCUGACAUCAUCAAAGUAGCCAAGGAGAAUGAAGUGGAUGCUGUGCACCCCGGCUAUGGCUUCCUGUCUGAGCGCGCAGACUUCGCCCAGGCUUGCAGUGAUGCUGGAGUACGCUUCAUCGGCCCCAGCCCAGAGGUGGUACGCAAGAUGGGUGACAAGGUGGAAGCCCGCGCCAUCGCCAUUACUGCAGGGGUCCCUGUGGUGCCAGGCACUGACUCCCCAAUAUCAUCUCUCAAUGAGGCCCAUGAGUUCUCCAACAAGUAUGGCUUCCCUAUCAUCUUCAAAGCUGCAUAUGGCGGAGGCGGACGGGGCAUGAGAGUCGUUCGCAGCUAUGAGGAGCUGGAGGAGAAUUACACCCGGGCAUUCUCGGAGGCGCUGUCUGCUUUUGGGAACGGGGCUCUCUUUGUGGAGAAGUUCAUCGAGAAGCCAAGACACAUUGAGGUCCAGAUUCUGGGGGACAAGUAUGGGAAUGUGGUGCACCUUUACGAGCGGGACUGCUCCAUUCAGAGGCGGCACCAAAAGGUUGUGGAGAUUGCCCCGGCAGCUCACCUCGACUCCCAGCUCCGUACCAAACUCAACAAUGAUGCCGUCAGACUGGCCAAGCAGGUAGGAUAUGAAAAUGCCGGCACCGUGGAGUUCCUGGUAGAUAAACAUGGCAAACACUACUUCAUUGAGGUGAAUUCCCGGCUUCAAGUGGAGCACACAGUGACAGAAGAGAUCACAGACGUGGACCUGGUGCAUGCCCAGAUCCACAUCGCGGAGGGGAAGAGCCUGGCAGAGUUGGGCCUGCGGCAGGACAGCAUACGCAUCAAUGGCUGUGCCAUCCAGUGCCGCGUCACCACCGAGGACCCCUCCCGUGGCUUCCAGCCCGACACCGGCCGCAUUGAGGUUUUCCGAAGCGGGGAGGGCAUGGGUAUCCGUCUGGACAGCGCUUCCGCCUUCCAGGGGGCUGUCAUCUCCCCUCACUAUGAUUCCCUGCUGGUCAAGGUGAUUGCCCAUGGGAAGGACCACCCCACGGCUGCCUCCAAGAUGAGCCGAGCCCUGGCCGAGUUCCGCAUCCGAGGCGUCAAGACCAACAUCCCCUUCCUGCAAAACGUGCUGAGCAAUGACCAGUUCCUGCGGGGCACGGUAGACACACAGUUCAUCGACGAGAACCCUGAGCUCUUCAAUCUGCGCCCGGUCCAGAACAGGGCCCAGAAGCUGCUACGUUAUCUGGGCCACGUGAUGGUCAACGGCCCCAUCACGCCCAUCCCUGUCAAGGCCCGCCCAUCUCCCAUUGAUCCAGUCGUGCCCACUGUGCCUUUGGGUGACCCCCCUACUGGCUUCCGAGAUAUCCUGCUCCGGGAGGGUCCCCAGGGCUUUGCCAAGGCUGUGCGGCAGCACCCUGGGCUGCUGCUCAUGGACACGACCUUCCGGGAUGCUCACCAGUCCCUGCUAGCCACCCGUGUCCGCACACAUGACCUCAAGAAGAUCUCGCCCUUCGUGGCCCACAACUUCAACAAUCUCUUCAGCAUUGAGAACUGGGGAGGUGCCACAUUUGACGUCGCCAUGCGCUUCCUGUAUGAGUGCCCGUGGCAGCGGCUGCAGGAGCUCCGUGAGCUCAUCCCCAACAUCCCCUUCCAGAUGCUGCUGCGGGGGGCCAACGCCGUGGGGUACACCAACUACCCCGACAACUCCGUCUUCAAGUUCUGUGAAGUGGCAAAGGAGAAUGGCAUGGACAUCUUCCGUGUCUUCGACUCCCUCAAUUACCUGCCCAACAUGCUGCUGGGGAUGGAGGCGGCGGGGCAAGCCGGGGGGGUGGUGGAGGCCGCAAUCUCCUACACGGGAGACGUGGCCGACCCAACCCGCACCAAAUACACGCUGGAAUACUACGUCCAGCUGGCCGAGGAGCUGGUGAAAGCGGGGACGCACAUCCUCUGCAUCAAGGACAUGGCUGGGCUGCUGAAGCCGCGCGCCUCGGAGCUGCUGGUGGGGGCGCUGCGCCAGCGCUUCCCCGAGGUACCCAUCCACAUCCACACCCACGACACCUCCGGGGCGGGCGUGGCCUCCAUGCUCGCCUGCGCCGCCGGCGGCGCUGACAUCGUCGAUGUGGCCGUGGACGCCAUGUCCGGCAUGACCUCGCAGCCCAGCAUGGGCGCCUUGGUGGCCUGCACCCGGGGCACCAGCCAGGACACAGGCAUCCAGAUGGAGAAGGUGUUUGACUACAGCGAGUACUGGGAGAUGGCGCGGGGCCUGUACGCCGCCUUCGACUGCACGGCCACCAUGAAGUCGGGCAACGCCGACGUGUAUGAGAACGAGAUCCCGGGCGGCCAGUACACCAACCUGCACUUCCAGGCCCACAGCAUGGGGCUGGGCAACAAGUUCAAGCAGGUCAAGAAGGCCUACGUCGAAGCCAACAAGCUGCUGGGGGAUCUCAUCAAGGUGACGCCGUCAUCGAAGAUCGUGGGGGACCUGGCGCAGUUCAUGGUGCAGAACAACCUGUCGCGGCAGGAGGUGGAGGCCAUGGCAGACGAGCUCUCCUUCCCGCUCUCCGUGGUGGAGUUCCUGCAGGGCUACAUCGGCAUCCCCUACGGGGGCUUCCCUGAGCCCUUCCGCUCCAAGGUGCUGAAGGACCUGCCCCGCAUUGAGGGGCGCCCGGGGGCCUCGCUGCCUGCCCUGGACUUCCAGCAGCUGGAGAAGGAACUGCGCACGCGGCACCAGGAGGAGGAGAUCACCCCCGAGGACGUGCUCUCGGCCGCCAUGUACCCCAAGGUGUUCGACGAGUUCAAGGAGUUCACGGCCACCUUUGGCCCCGUCGAGUGCCUCAAUACCCGCCUCUUCCUGGAGGGGCCCAAGAUCGCUGAGGAGUUCGAGGUGGAGCUGGAACGUGGAAAGACCCUGCACAUCAAAGCCCUCGCUCUGGGAGACCUGAACCGGGCUGGCCAACGUGAGGUCUUCUUCGAACUCAAUGGGCAGCUGCGCUCCAUCCUGGUCAAGGACACACAAGCCAUGAAGGAGAUGCAUUUCCACCCCAAGGCGCUGAAGGACAUCAAGGGCCAGAUUGGGGCCCCCAUGCCUGGCAAGGUCAUCGACAUCAAGGUGGAGGAGGGGGCAAAGGUCAGCAAGGGGCAGCCCCUCUGUGUGCUCAGCGCCAUGAAGAUGGAGACCGUAGUCAACUCCCCCGUGGCCGGCACAGUCAAAAAGAUCUAUGUCAAACCGGACAUGAACCUAGAGGGGGAUGACCUCAUCCUGGAAAUCGAAUAGGCCCCGCCUCCCCUCCCCCCCCCCCCGCUGCAUUCUGCUUCCCCUCCCCCAUUCCGGACAGAGACCUGCCCCCCAAUGUGUCGGAUGCAGCCGGCACACUGUCACUUUAAGGGCAUGCCAUGCCCACUUUUAACCCUUUGCUUGCAGGAGACGCACCAGCUUUUUUCUCUCCCCCAACCCAGUCCUGCAAUCCCUAUUGGAGUCCUGCUUAGCCUCAGAGUCACGCACCUUAUGGGGGAAGUGCAGUUCCUUCCACCACCAUCAGGGAAGCCUGUGGAUCAUGCAGCCUGGUGUGCAAUUCCUUCUGUCGCUACCAGGGGGUGUCUGUGCACCUGUCAUGGAUUGACAGGGCUGUGUUAUGCCCCAGUCUUUACACAGUCUUUUGGCUGUGACCCUGGUGGUGUGCCAGACCCACACUUUCCCCAGGCACCCAUGUGGCCUCAGCAACUCCAGGACUGGGCCUUUGGGUGCCAACCCCCCUUCUCCCCCCGUGAGCUCCAGACAGUCCAGCUGCCAUCAGACUGCUGUAGAGACUCUCCCUUCUCCGGGAGCGACGCACCCAGAGAUGAUCUGCAGCGAGGCCGGGCAGCCUGGCCAGGCCGAUGGAGCAUUGAUUAGUCACCUGGGGUCCAGCGUCGCAGGGUCCUCAGGCCAGAGCCUGUGUUGGUGGGAGCCAGGACCCCAGCAUGUCCUGCUGUCCUGAGACCCUGUUUUGCUCUCUGUCCCUGCUGCUUACCCCUGUUCUCCCUUUGUUUCCGGCUCCAGGUCUUUGCCCUCUGCCUCCCUGCGGAGUGCUGGAGAGAGUCCCUGCUCUCAGCUGCAUUGGCCUUGCAGGGUCCUGUGGGCCCAUUGGCAGGCCCUUGCCAAUGCAAGGCCUUCCAUUUGUGUGUCUAUUGCAGUCCGGUCCAGUUCCAGCCCAGGCUGCAGGCAUGUCAGACCCCGUCCUUUAGCUCCUGAGCUCAUGGACACAAUCAGCUCUCCCCGCCCCCCAGAGGGCAGCGAUGCAAAGUGGCCAGUCUGGAGUAACCCAGAUAGUUCAUAACUGUACAAAGAAGUCCCACAUGUAUCUCAGCAUCAUGCAGCCUGGGGUGCAGUUCCCUCUGCCUCCAUCAGGGGGUAUCUGAUCUCAGAGGCUAAGCAUUGCCGGGGAGGUGCUGUCCCCUCCCAUCCCACUUACUCUGCUGCCAAUUGCAUUAUACCCAUCAACUGCCGGGAGGUGCUGCCCCAUCCAGCCCAGUUACCCCCUUGCACCAUGUGGGGUGCUGUCCCCCUACGCCUCCAGCCCAGGUACCCCCCAACUCUGCGGGGCACCUUCCUCACAGGCUGCCACUGCUUUCUAUGCCCCCCAAUAGCUGCUGCCCCCCACUCCCGGCUCAACCAUGACUCCUUUCUCCCUUGGGGCAGAACAGUGCCCCACCUGAGCUCCUGGGUCCUGCCCCUGGCUGCAGGGGGGGAGGGGCUCCUUUCCCCUGCCAUGCUGUCUCAGAGGACCCCUCAGCUGAGGGGGCUCCUCGUGCUGCUUGAACCCUGGGUUAGUCUAAUGCGUAAUCAGGUUUCUUUUCUAUUGUCUUAAUUGCCAAUCCCUGCCCCCAAAUACGUACGCCCCUCCCCCCUUCAGAGCAGGGGGGGAAUCAGGGGUAUCACCAGCCAUGGAUUGCCCCCAUCCCUGCUCCCGGCGACCCCCAUCCUCGUGUCGAUCUGGAUGGGGCACUCUAUGGGGGCACCGCAUGGAGAGGUGGUGAGAGGGGGCACCCAGUGGGUAGCGACCAAAGCAAUCAUGCUGGGUUUUAGGGGGGGAGGGGUGUCAGAUGUUUACAGGGUUGUUUGCCCAGAGCUGGGGGAGGGGGUAGAUCCCUUCCCCCCCUGCCUGAGGGCAUGGGAACAAACCUCACAUCCGUGAGGACAGUCUGCGGUGCAGGAGCUGCCAAGCGGGAUUCCGUUAGGGCCCCUCCCCAGCGCCCUCUUGGGCUGGAAGGGUCAAGGCCGUUUUGGGAAGGACUCAGUGACUUGGGGUCCCUGAGGGUCCGGCUCCAGCUGGCCAAUAAAAUUCAUCUCACUAACCGCUCA